AUGGAUGACAUUUUGAUAACCGGGAACAACAUUGAAUCCAUCAAAGGUUUAAAGCAGUUCCUUCAUACUCGUUUCCGCAUCAAAGACCUUGGUGAUUUGAAAUUCUUCUUAGGCAUUGAAAUAGCCCGUUCCAAGAAAGGCAUUUAUAUUUCCCAGCGCAAAUAUGCUUUGGAAAUUAUCAAAGACAGUGGAUACUUGGGUGACAAACCAGUUGAGUUUCCUAUGGAAGAAUGCAGACUUUCAAAUACAGGAGAAUUGCUCAAAGAUCCUUGUAUAUACCAACGUCUGGUUGGUCGAUUAAUUUACUUAACCAUCACUAGACCUGAUAUCACAUAUUCAGUUCAUAUUCUCAGCCGAUUCAUGCAUGAACCACGUCAACCUCACAUGGCAGCUGCUCUUCGAGUUGUUCGUUAUUUAAAAUCAGCUCCCGGUCAAGGUUUGCUUCUUCAUUCAAAUAACUCAUUACACUUAACGGCAUUUUGUGACUCUGAUUGGGUGGGUUGUCCUAUCACUCGUCGCUCCACCACUGGGUAUUGUGUAUUCCUUGGAAAAUCUUUAAUUUCAUGGAGAACAAAAAGGCAAAAGACAGUUUCUUUAUCAAGUGCGGAAGCUGAAUAUAGAGCGAUGGCAGGUGAAAUUGCUACUCAAUACGUGAUUUCUUCACAACAAUUAGCAGAUGUGUUUACAAAAGCUUUGGGAGAGAAGUUCAAACAGCUCAUGUGCAAGUUGGGAGUUAUUGAUAUUCACUCUCCAACUUGA